UAGAGAAGGAAAAAUAUUAUGAGGGGAAGUCGAUGUUCGGUAAAAGUCAACAUUACCGGCGGUGUUUUGGUCGUUCAGUCUCAAGUCCCUGGACACAAUGUUCAGAAACCAGUAUGACAAUGAUGUUACCGUGUGGUCCCCCCAGGGGCGCCUUCACCAGGUGGAGUAUGCCAUGGAGGCUGUGAAGCAGGGUUCAGCCACCGUGGGAUUGAAGAGCUCCACCCACGCUGUGCUUGUUGCUCUCAAGAGAGCCUCAUCAGAACUGGCAGCUCAUCAGAAGAAAAUCAAACCUGUUGAUGAACACAUUGCAGUAUCCAUUUCAGGAUUGACUGCAGAUGCCCGUGUGCUAAUAAGAUUCAUGCGCACUGAGUGUCGUCAUGAACAUUUUGCUCACGAUCAAUCACUUUCCCUUAACAAGUUAAUGGAACGAGUUGGGAUGAAGAUGCAGGUUGCCACUCAACGUUAUGACAAGAGGCCUUAUGGUGUAGGUCUCUUGAUAGCUGGAUAUGAUGAAGAUGGACCCCACAUCUAUCAGACAUGCCCCUCAGCCAACUAUUAUGACUGCCGAGCCAUGGCCAUUGGUGCCCGGUCACAGAGUGCUCGCACCUAUCUUGAGCGCCACCUUGAGGACUUCCCAAAUGCAACACGAGAGGAGCUCAUAAGACAUGCCCUGCGUGCCCUAAGGGACACGCUGCCCAAUGACAUGGAGCUGACCAAUAAGAACUGCAGCAUAGCUGUAGUGGGGGUAGGAGAGAAGCUGAGCAUCUAUGAUGAUGAAGAUGUAAGCCCCUACCUGGAAGGCCUAGAUCAGGAAGAAAGACGUGGUGGAACUUCAGCGGCCCGAGAAGCCCCAGCCUCCACAGCUCCUUCAGCAGGGGAAGAAGGCUCUGCUGCCCCCUCACCACCACCAGCAGCUGGAGACCAGCCAGCACAACAGGGCGAUUCGAUGGACACUGAUUAAGAAAGGAACUAGAGUAUGCAUUAUCAUUUGGAGUUCUGUCUCCCUUCUAGGUUUGGUGAAUAGAUUUGGAAAUUCCAUCAUUAUUUUUUAUGAUUUUUUAUUGUUGUUUUCAUUAAAUUUAUUGUAUUAUGAUUAUCAUUGUUUUUAUGAAUAAGCUAUUUUCCAAAACAAAAUAAACUGGAAUGUUCUUCAUUAUAAAGGGAAUUUAAUGUAAAAGCAGGUUGAUAUUGAUGAAACAACCAUUUCAUGUGAGCAAAGUAAUGUAUGCUUGUACUGUUUGGCUAAACAAAGUUACAUACAGA